GUCAUAUCCGCCUACCGAAGACGAGCUCAGUCUGCCGGCAUUUUCUUUUUUUUGGUACUAUCUUUAAUAAUCAGCUUUUACUCGACGGGCUUGAACAAAGUAGUGUUUAAAGGUUGACAUUUGAUCCGUCCGUUGAAAUCCCUCUAACAUGCCCGGUUUUUCUGAUCGAGAUCGAGGCAGAGAUCGUGGGUAUGGAGGCGGACCACCUCGCUUUGGAGGUGGGGGCGGAAAUAGGGGAGGACCGAACUCUGGAAAGUUUGGCAACCCUGGUGAGAGGCUGCGGAAGAAACACUGGAACCUCGAUGAGCUUCCCAAGUUUCGGAAAAACUUCUACCAGGAGCACCCGGAUGUAACCCACAGAGCAAUUCAAGAUGUUGAGCUCUAUAGAAGAAACAAGGAAGUCACAGUAAAAGGCAGAGAGUGUCCCAAACCAAUUGUUAAAUUCCAUGAAGCUGCUUUUCCAAGCUAUGUAAUGGAUGUUAUUGUUAAACAGGGUUGGACUGAACCAACCCCUAUUCAGUCUCAAGGUUGGCCGGUAGCCCUCAGCGGAAAAGACAUGGUUGGCAUUGCUCAAACUGGAUCUGGAAAAACACUUGCUUACCUUCUGCCUGCAAUUGUGCACAUUCAACAUCAACCAUUCUUGGAGCAUGGAGAUGGACCAGUGUGUUUGGUGCUGGCUCCAACCCGUGAACUGGCUCAGCAGGUGCAGCAAGUUGCAGCCGAGUACGGAAGAGUGUCCCGACUUAAGAGCACCUGCAUCUAUGGCGGUGCACCUAAAGGACCGCAGAUUAGAGAUCUAGAGAGAGGAGUGGAGAUUUGUAUUGCAACACCGGGUCGCCUAAUCGACUUCUUGGAAUGUGGCAAAACAAAUUUGCGCCGCUGCACCUAUCUUGUGCUGGAUGAAGCCGACCGCAUGCUUGACAUGGGAUUCGAGCCACAGAUCCGCAAGAUAGUGGAUCAAAUCAGGCCAGACCGUCAGACACUGAUGUGGAGUGCAACUUGGCCGAAGGAAGUCCGACAGCUUGCGGAGGACUUUCUCAAAGAAUAUAUUCAGAUCAACAUUGGAGCACUGCAGCUCAGUGCCAACCACAACAUCUUACAGAUAGUUGACGUUUGCAAUGACAUGGAGAAAGAAGACAAACUGAUCCGUUUGCUGGAGGAGAUCAUGAGUGAGAAGGAGAACAAGACCAUCAUUUUUGUGGAGACCAAGCGUCGGUGUGAUGAAAUAACCAGGAGGAUGAGAAGAGAUGGGUGGCCCGCGAUGGGAAUCCAUGGGGACAAAAGCCAGCAGGAGAGAGACUGGGUCCUCAAUGAGUUCCGGUAUGGCAAAGCUCCCAUCCUCAUCGCGACAGACGUGGCCUCUCGUGGCUUAGAUGUGGAGGAUGUGAAAUUUGUCAUCAAUUAUGACUACCCUAACUCCUCCGAGGACUAUAUCCACCGCAUUGGACGUACGGCCCGAAGUCAAAAAACGGGCACGGCCUACACCUUCUUCACCCCCAACAACAUGAAACAGGCCAGUGAUCUGAUCUCUGUUCUGCGCGAGGCCAACCAGGCCAUCAACCCGAAACUGAUCCAGAUGGCAGAAGAUAGAGGAGGUCGUGGAAGAGGGGGAAGAGGUGGCUACAGGGAUGACCGUCGCGAUAGGUACUCUGGAGGUGGGAGGAGCAACAACUACGGCGGUGGUAAUAGCUUCAGGGAUGGUGAUCGAGGGUAUGGUAAUGGCCCCAAAGGUGCCUUCGGAGGCAAUAAGACCCAGAACGGUGGCAACUUUGGAGGCGGUGCGGGCAACCCCAGCGGUAACUAUGGUAACAAUUUUAACAACGGCAACGGACAGGGUAAAUUUGGUGCUCCUGCAAACCCAGGUAGUUCUUUUGGCAACCAAGGCUUCCAAGGUCCUCCACAGUUUGGAGGCAUGCAGAGGCCCCCUCAGAAUGGCAUGACUCACCCACCAUUCCCUUUCAAUGCUCAGCAACCCCAGUCACAGGGCCAACAGGGCCCACCGCCACCACCCAUGCCACCGUACCCUAUGCCCCCGCCUCCCUUCCCACAGUAGAUAUCUUACACGGGAACCUGAUUUGUUUGGAGUGUACUUCUGAUUCUGGUCAUUUAUUCUUUCAAAUUGUUUAACUGUUUUUUUUUCCUCACAGCAAGGUUUGAAUUAUUCAGUAAACCCAGAGAUUUAGAUGGAUUGCUGCACUUUCAGUGUUUUUGUUACAUUCCUCAGUAAUUUAUUUUUACUAGGUAAUGCAAUGUUUACUGUUGUGAUAUUAUUAAAACAAUGUUACCACAUAAAUAAAGAAAAGGGUGUUUGAAACCCUUUUUCAGUUAAA